AUGCUAUCCCGUGCGGCAACGAACGAAAAUGACGACACAUGUCGGGAGAUUUAUGACAUUUACUUCACCGAGACGGAACAGCUUUGUGUUUUAGAUUACCUCCCUAUUUCGGACACUCUUAUCGAUAACAUCAGGGUGGAAUCACAAGCAGAUCCUGAAACCCAAUUAAUCAUACGCUAUAUCAUCGAUGGGUGGCCGGAGAAAUAUGAUGAUGUCCCUGCAUCCAUCCAGAUCUAUUGGAAAUAUAAACACGAAUUAAGCACUCACAACGGAAUGGUGCUGCGGAAUGAUCGUAUCCUUAUCCCACGCAGUCUUCGAAUGCGAACUUUGGAGAAGCUCCACCAAUGUCACUCUGGAGUUGAAGCAACAACUGAACUAGCUCGAGAUACUGUUUUUUGGCCUGGAAUUACUGACCAGAUCCGGCAGCGUAUCCAACAUUGCGACGUUUGCACUAAGUUCUCAGCAAACCAGCAAAACCAACCAAUGCAAACUCACCAAAUUCCUCUGUACCCGUAUCAAAAGGUUUCCAUGGACAUCUUCGAAUGCGAACUGAAUGGUCACAAGUCAGUGUAUCUGAUCACCGUCGACCAUUAUUCCGAUUAUUUCGAAAUUGACGAGUUACAGACUCAAACCGCAGCUGCAGUCAUCAAAAUAUGCAAACGAAACUUUGCCAGGAAUGGCAAGCCACAAGAAAUCAGUACGGAUGGAGGUCCGCAGUUCAUGAGCGAGGAAUUCUUCAUUUUCGCCAAAGAUUGGGGUUUCAAACACAGCGUUUCUGCGCCAUACCACCAACAAGCCAAUGGGAAGGCAGAGUCGGCGGUGAAAAUCGCUAAAAUGUUACUGAAAAAAGCUAACGAGUCCAAACAAGAUUUUUGGGAGCUGCUUUUACAGUGGCGCAACAUACCGAACAAGAUGGGUAGUUCACCAGUCCAGCGUCUGUUUAACCGGCGAACGCGUUGUGGAAUACCGAUGACUGAAAGAAAAUAUAUGCCGAAAAUAGAGGAGAACGUUUCUGAGAAAAUUUACCGAAAUCGUCAGCAUACUAAAUUCUACUACGAUCGAACGGCACGAACUCUUCCAGAGCUUGAAGCUGGGCAACCCGUUUUUGUGAAACUUAAGCCGGGAAACAAAGAAUGGAUUCGAGGAACAGUGAUCAAUCCUGUUACAGAUCGUUCAACAGUCGUAGCCGUAGGCGUUCAAGAAUAUCGUCGAGAUAAUACCAUGAUCAGACCAGCGAAUACAGCAGUAAAUAUCUCACCGAAGAAAAUCAAAGAAGAACACACAUCAGCAGUACCGGAUGGCCAACAAUGGACACCAACGGUCAGCGAUCCGAUUACUUCGGUAUCUACUCGUCCAAGUCGUGUUAUCCAGAUUCCCACCAGAUAUCAAGAUUAUGAAAUGUAUUAA